UCGGGCGCUGCGGGCGGGACGGGCCGGCUGCGCGUUCCCAGGCGCCUCGGCCGGGCUCUCAGUGCGCUCGGGGCGGUGCCGGCGCUCGGAGUGUUUGGGGCCGGCGGAGCGACGGGCGGGCCCGGCAUGGGGGUGAGGUAGGGCCGGCCCGGCGCACGGAACGAGCGCGGCCGGCUGUCGGGACCGGGUGUACGCGGCGGUGGGACGCGGAGCCGGGCGGAGGAUGGAGGACAAGAAGGAGGAGGGCGAGGCGGAGAUCCAGGAGCACGGGCCCGAGCACUGGUUCAGCAAGUGGGAGCGGCAGUGCCUGGCUGAGGCCGAGCAGGAGGAGGCGCUGGCGCCGGAGCUGCAGGACGAGGCGGCGGCGCAGCCCGAGCACAAACAGCAGAAGCUCUGGCACCUCUUCCAGAAUUCGGCCACCGCCGUGGCGCAGCUCUACAAGGACCGGGUGUGCCAGCAGCCGGGGCUCUCCCUCUGGGUCCCCUUCCAGAACGCCGCCACUGCGGUCACCAACCUCUACAAAGAGAGUGUGGAUGCCCACCAGCGAAGCUUUGAUUUAGGAAUUCAGAUUGGCUAUCAGCGUCGGAAUAAGGAUGUGUUAGCCUGGGUUAAAAAACGCAGAAGAACUAUUCGAAGAGAAGACUUAAUCAGCUUCCUUUGUGGAAAAGUCCCUCCUCCAAGAAAUUCUAGAGCUCCCCCAAGACUGACUGUAGUAUCCCCUAACCGAGCUACUUCAACAGAAACUAGCUCAUCUGUAGAGACUGAUUUGCAGCCCUUCCGUGAAGCCAUAGCUCUGCAUGCCGUGGUGUACACCUGUCUGAGACCUGCUGCCGUACUGCAGUUUCCUUCAGGGAGUGAAAGGGAGCAUGGUGAUGGUAUUGACACAAGACCAGGUCUUAGUGGUGCAAUGGCUAGUAUAAGUGUUCGCUCGAGUACCCCAGGCUCGCCUACUCACGUGAGCAGUGGCUCCAAUGCUAGUCGAAGGAGAAAUGGACUCCAUGAUGUUGAUUUGAACACUUUCAUAUCAGAAGAAAUGGCACUCCACUUGGACAAUGGUGGAACUAGAAAGCGUACCUCAGCCCAGUGUGGCGAUGUCAUUACAGACUCACCAACUCAUAAACGCAACAGAAUGAUCUAAACUGCAAAAAUUUCAAACCCACCAUGCUGCUUGAAAGCCACUUGAUCCUCAGAGUACUAUUGAAAAGGAAACAUGAGGCCAUCUUUCCAUAUUCACUGUUUAAGACAAAGAAUUCAAUAAAUGCCAUAAAGGAAAUUUUAGAUAUUACAUUAGAUGCCUCUUGUAACUGCGGCUUUCUUAAACUAUAUUCUUAGCAGAGGACAUCAGAUAUUGUGUAGUAGUUAGCAAGAUCAUCAUAGGCGAACAUGUAUCUGUUCCAAGGCUAAAAGUGACCUUACUUGUAUUAUUAAAGGGAAAGGAAAUUUCA